CUCUCUCUUCCACCGCACCUUCGGGAGAAAAAGCAAUGCAACCAGCAUGGCUGAGACCAAGCGCACUCUGACAUGCUGGUGUGGCGAUGUGGAGAUGGAGCUCGUGGGCGCUCCGCUGGCUAGCCUGCACUGCCACUGCGUCAUUUGCCAGAAGUGGUCGGGGGCUCCGUUCCAAUGGCUAGUACUAUAUAAGGCCGACAAGACGUCCGUCGUCAAGGGGAAGGAUAACAUCACCAUCACUAGGACCAGCGAGGACAUGGAGCGCGGGAGGUGCAAGACAUGCACCUCGCACCUCUACAACAAUCGGGGCGGGCACAUUUUUGCCAUUCCGGGUGUCGUUAUAAAGGGCAUCCGCUCCGAGGACCGCACCAUCGCCGAAGGGUUUGCGCCUUCCGCCGAGAUCUUCUACGCUACCCGGGUCCAGGAUACGAACAGAGGCCUCCCAACCUUCGACACUGUUCCGACUCUAUAGUGAUUAUAUUAGCGGCUGCCGUUCUGGAUGGAGAGUUGGCAGCUUCAUCCGCGGGUGGCGUCAGGCGUGGUGCACAGAGAGCACUUCGCCAUGAAUGAAAGCGUCGUGCGCGCAAGAGAGAUGGUGCCCAUCUGCACUGCCGGAAACUCGGUUCGAAACAUUUUGGCGCGAGCCGCAGCAUGCGUGUGUUGACGUGGAGUGAACAUUUGGUGUGUGUGUGUGCUGUUCAUUUGCCCAUUAAGGUUGAGAUGCGGUUUUCUCUAGGCGGCAAGCACCACUUCCCCUGGCAGUAAAUAGGCUCUCUCCCUACAAAAUCGUGACUGAGGAGCGCCGUCAAUGUUUGUUGUUCGACCCCCCGAGAUGGUGAGACUUGUGUGGUUUCGCGAAGACGCCGGAAGGUAACGCAUGAAACGAACAGAAAAAAACAAUGCCGCACGGAGAGACAGACGGCUCAGAUCCGUCCUCGACCCCCUGAAACAAUGAAGCACCGACACCUUAUACUCUUGUGCGGUGUCGCGUUUGGUUCGGGCAUCAGGCCUGCGCCUUGGUGGGGAAGACUGCGGGUGCGUGUCGUCCAAGGGUGAGCACCUAGAGCGUGCCAUUUAAAAAUAUGUGAAUAAUUAUUUUUUGUCCGCCUGUCUGUGUAUCUGCGCGGGUUGCGCUGCGGGCUGCUAGUAAGUUACUUCAUCACAG